UUCAGGAACAACAACACGGAUACUAUUUCAACCACCUUGGUAGCUUGCUGGACAACAUAAAAGUGAAAUAUUGACGUUUUAGGCCAUGUUAAUGUGCAUUAGCUAAUCGCAGUGUAUAAAACACAUUUCAGUUGACGUUAACUUGAACCUAAUUUGCUUGUUCAAGUUGCAAAUGUGUUAAAGAUUGAUACUGAGCCUAGCACUAGGCUAUUCGCUAAUGCUAACUAGCUCGCUAACAUCCCUGACCAUGAGCUCAUUAAACUACUCAUCCCCUGCUAAAGAAGUGGAUGUCUGCUGUCCGGAGAAAGACGCUCUGGCGCUGAACAUUGUCGUGAAAGACGAAGAGGAGGAUAUUACAGUGAAAGGAGAGAAAGAAGCUCUGCCGCUGAACAUUGUCGUGAAAGACGAAGAGGAGGAUAUUACAGUGAAAGGAGAGAAAGAACCUUUCAGAAUGAAAAAGGAGGAAGAGGAGGCUGUUAUAGGGAAAGAAGAGAAAGCAUCCUCUUCCUCUCUAAAAGGUUCUAUCUCAGUAAAGGUGAAGGAGGAAGAGGUUUUGGGAGUUAAAGAGGAGACGACAGAAUAUCAGAUUAACACCAGAGAGAGACAUGACUAUUGUGGAUCCUCUGGGAAGCCUCAACAACAUCCUGAUGCUGACGAGGAAGAGAAGAGUCUCUCCAGAUCAGACCACCAGAUGGACAACACUAGCCCUUCCUCCCUCCCGGAGUCCCUGUAUCGUGCCUCUCCCGGUAGCACCUUACUGCUGGGUAUGAAGAGGUUGUCUGUGCUGCUGGUGGACUGCAGGAAAACAACAGGACUGAGUGGAACUGUGAGAGGAGAAGAGAAGAAAAGAUCAGAUUUGACUCAUCAAAGUAAGUGCUGUAGUUCAGUUUGAACAAAUACAAUAGAUCUGCCCACCGGUAUCUGUUACCAGUUCUGUUAGUUGACAGGAAGAUAGACUGGUGUAUAUGGAUGUUAUGAAUAUCAUAACACUGAAAAAGGAUUCUGCCAAUGAAAAGAGAGAAACCGAUUGAUCAUAUAAAACCUUGAUGAAAGUCAGCUUUGGAGAGAAAGUUUCAAUGAUCCGAUGUAAGAUGCUUGUUUUACAAAAACUUUUCCUUAAAACAAGGAUGUUACAUUGCCUGUCCCAGUCAACGCGGCUAUCUUUACAAGACUGUAGAACAGGCAAACUAAACUCAAGACUUUGGUAAUUAAUUAACUAGUACUGAAGAAAAGCUGUGAUCAGGCUGCCCACUCAAACGAAAGCUUCAAACUGUAACCAGUGCUGGCGACCUGGUUCAGGUUAUCAAUCAACCUACCAGGGUAGUGACAAACAGUAGAGGAAUGAAAUCAUCAACAUGGUUUGAUCAUAUCUUUACUAAUGCUGCAGAAAUGGGUUUUAAAGCAGUAUCCAGAUCCAUCAGAUGUAGUGAUCACAAUAUAGGAGCCAUGUUUAGGAAAACCACCGUUCCAAAGGCUGGGACUAAUAUUGUGUAUAAGAGGUCAUACAAUUUUAUGUAGUGAUUCCUAUGUUGUUGAUUUAAAUAAUAUUUGUUGGUCUGUGGUGUGUAAUGAUGAGCAACCAGACGCUGCCCUUGACACAUUUGAAGCUGCUUAUCCCAGUUACUAAUAAGCAGCACCCAUUAAGAAAAUGACUGUAAAAACUGUUAAAUACACGUGGAUUGAUGAGGAAUUAAAAAAUGGUAUUAUGAAGAGGGAGGCAAAAGAGAUGGCAAAUAGGUCUGGCUGUAUAACUGAUUGGCAAAUGUAUUGCAAAUUGAGACAUCAUUUGACUAAACUGAAUAAAAAGAAGAAACUACACAAUGAACCAAAGAUAAAUGACAUGAAGAAUGAAACUUAUUGCUCAAUGAAAGUCUAUAUCUAACAGAAGUGGGUGAAACGAACUUACCACCCUAACAACCAAACAAUGAACAGGUGAAAACAAUUAGACAAAACCAAACGAAAAAGGAUCGGUGGCAGCUAGUAGACCGGCGACGACGACCGCCGAGCGCCACCCGAACGGGGAGGGGAGCCACCUUCGGUAAUAUUCGUGACACCUAUUGCAAAUUGAGAAAUAAUGUGACUAAACUCAAUAUAAAGAAUAAACUACACUAUGAAACAAAGAUAAAUGACAUGAAGAAGGAUAGUAAAAAUCUUUGGAGCAUCUUCAAUGAAAUUUUGCGCAAAUAAAAUCAACAAUGACAAGUCACUGGUGUCUGACAACGUGGAUGGAAAAUUGAGGAUGAUAGCAGCCGAUAUUGCCAUUCCUAUUUGCCUUGUCUUUAAUUUAAGCCUACUCGAAAGUGUGUGCCCUCAGGCCUGGAGGGAAGCUAAAGUCAUUCCACUACCCAAGAAUAGUAAAGCUCCCUUUACUGGCUUAAAUAGCCGACCAAUCAGCCUUAAAUAGCCGACCAAUCAGCCUGUU